GUGCUUCUCGUCAGCAUGAUCGCUCCUUCAUUGAGAAACGUCACGGCUUCUGUCGUUCGACAGGGGCUUCGAACACCCGUCAACGUUAGUGUGUCGAGAAGAGGCAUGGCCUCUUUGGUCGAUGAAAAACGAUUGCCUGCAAAGUUUGGAGGUAAAUACACAGUCACCCUCAUUCCUGGAGAUGGAAUCGGUAAAGAAGUUGCGGAUUCCGUUAAAGAAAUCUUCGAAGCUCUCAAAGUUCCAGUAGUGUGGGAACAGUAUGACGUAUCUGGAGAAACUACAGGAGGAGAGGAAUUGUUCCAACAGGCUAUGGAAAGUUUAAAACGAAACAAAGUUGGGUUGAAAGGAAUCCUCUUCACACCCAUCGACCAAACAGGUCAUAACUCAUGGAACGUCGCCAUGCGUCAAACACUUGACAUUUACGCUUCUGUCGUAGUUUGUAAAUCCUUACCUGGAUUCCCUACACGUCAUGAGAAUGUCGAUUUUGCCAUUAUUCGAGAAAAUACCGAAGGAGAGUAUUCUGGGUUGGAACAUCAGAGUUUCCCAGGUGUUGUGGAGAGUUUAAAAGUUUCCACUAGGGCGAAAGCGGAGAGAAUUGCCAGAUUCGCUUUUGAUUUUGCUCUGAAGAAUAAUCGUAAGAAAGUCACCUGCGUACAUAAAGCGAACAUAAUGAAACUUGGCGAUGGUCUUUUCCUCAAUACUUGUAAACGUAUCGCUGAACAAGAAUACGGUCACACGGGUAUCAAAUUCGAUUCUAUGAUCGUUGAUAAUACUGCUAUGCAAUUGGUCAGUCGACCUCAACAAUUCGACGUCAUGGUCAUGCCUAAUCUUUACGGUGCCAUUUGCGCAAAUGUUGGUUCAGCUUUAGUAGGAGGACCGGGUGUUGUGCCUGGGUGUAACUUUGGCAGGGAGUAUGCUCUUUUUGAAAUCGGUUGUAGACACAUCGGAAAAGACAUCAUGGGCACAAACAAAGCAAACCCAUCAGCCAUGAUCCUGUCAUCUACCAUGUUGCUCCGUCAUCUCGGACUUGAGACACAGGCCAAUACGAUCGCUUCGGCCGUAUAUGAUGUUAUUGCCGAAGGACAAGUCAGGACCAGUGAUAUGAAGGGAAGCGCCUCCACCACAGAUUUCACCAAAGCUGUCCUUGCCAAAGCAAUGGCUUAGUCAAACGGUCGGUAGAGCAAAUCAGUUUCUCAGGUUGUCACUUGUCCACGAAUAUGCAAAUGCCAAUGCGAC